AUGUCGCUCCCCAGCGCCGAGCCCCGCUCCCAGGAGGAGCCCCUGGCGGAGGAGGAAGCGGCGGUGUCGCCCCCCGGCUCCGAGCCCCCCGCUCCUCCCGCUCCUCCUCCCGCUCCUCCCGCUCCUCCUCCCGCUCCUCCCGGUGCCGUGCGCGGGGCGGAGCCGCCGGGGCCGCGCUCCCCGAGCCCGGAGCGGCCCUCGGAGCCGGCGGCGGGAGCCAUGGCCGAGGCCGACCGGGAGCUGCGCGUCCGCAUCAUCGAGGCGGAGGAGACCGAGGCGGACGCGGAGACGGAGGCGGGGGCGGCCGGCGGCGGGCGAUGCGCAGACGGGGCCGCGCUGCGCUGGUGCACCACCGGGGCGCUCUGCGCCUCCUUCCUGGGACUGGUGAGUGAAUGA